CUUUUCCUUUCCCUGUACAAGGUGAUUUCCCUCCCAAAAGCUCCUGAUUAAGAGUUCAGAGCAGUUUCAAGGCUAUUCCCCCCCAAUCUCCAUGAAUCUGACCACAGGGGUCUCUCGUAACAAAAUUGCUAAGAAUUUCCAACUGGACUCUAAUCUCAGCGCCUGGUAUCAAGAGGGGGGAGAGUGACAUGAAAUCACUGACUUGUGACAUACAUUCCUCAGCGGCAGCAGCUGCCUCCUAAUGACAGCUAAUAAAGGGAAUCUUCUCCUGACCGAGCUGCAUGCCUGCCAUGGGACUGGAAUGUGCCCCCGAUAAAUCCACAGAUAACCUAGGAAGCAGGGAUCACACCCAAACGGUAUAAAAGACCAGCCCAAGGAGGGAGAAAACAGGACAAGGAAGAGAGAGAAAGAGAGACCUGAAGGGACAUCUCAGAAGAAGCCUGAACUUUCCCAUCGUCCAAACCGAUCCAGAGGGAUGGACACUAAAGGUUCAUUUUCCUGCGGGAUCCUGUUGCUGCUGCUCAUGCAGUUCCAGUCCAGCAGAACCAACCCCAUCUAUGGCCUCAGCCCAGCCAAAGAACUGGCCAGCAUGGAGGCUUUGUUGGAGAGGCUGGAGGACAAGUUCUCACUGAUGGAGGCCCUAGAGUCCAACCCUGAUCUUCAGGAGCCUGAAGCUCAGCAAGACACUCCACCAGAAGUCUUCGAUGACAACAGUGAUCAGCAGCCUGAGCCCAGGCCAGCCCCCAGCGCCCGUCUGUCCUAUAGCGACCCCAUCCUCAAGCGACUGAGGGGGCUCCAAGCUCCCAAGAUGAUGAGAGACUCAGGCUGCUUUGGGAGAAGAAUUGACAGGAUCGGCUCUCUGAGUGGAAUGGGCUGCAAUGGUGAGUCCCUCCUAACCCAACUCAUUAUAAAUGGAGGAUUAUUUCUGUGGGUUACCGUAGCUCCUAGGAAGCCUAGUCAUGGACCAGCACCCCACUGUGUUAGAGCUUUUACCACCUACCCCUAUGUCUAG